ACAAGAACAAGAACCCCCACAUUCCUCUGCCGCAAUUCCACCAGAAGCGAUGCCAUGUUUCUGCACCAAAAACUAAUAAACAAAUAUGCACGAAACAUCGACUAAGUUGUUGGUGGAAAGCAGAUGAUAUGAUUGAGUUAGUUCGAAUAUGAAAGAAUUACUGCGUUGGAAAAAGUGAAGUGGGGUGCGUCGUGGGCUCUGUUUGUUUUCAGUUUACCUUUAAGAUUAAAGCAACUCCCAACAUCCAUCGAUCUACUCUUCACGUUUCAUGUCUCACCACCAGAUUUCAUAUGGCUUCCCUCACAAAAGUCCAGAUUUUGUUUCUUUGCCUCUGUGUUUUUCUUGCUCCAUCAUUUUCUUCCAAGUUGUAUGUGGUGUACAUGGGCAGCGGAGGUGGUGAUGGCCCAGAUGAGAUUUUGAGGCAGCACCAUCAAAUUCUUAAUGAUCUUCAUAGGGGGAGUGUGGAAGAGGCCAAGGCUUCUCAUGUGUAUAGUUAUAGGCAUGCUUUCAGAGGCUUUGCAGCCAGGUUGACUGAGGAGCAAGCUUCUCAAGUUGCAGAAAUGCCGGGAGUUGUGUCGGUUUUCCCCAACACUAGGAGGAGCCUCCACACCACUCAUUCUUGGGAUUUCAUGGGCCUCCUUGGUGAAGAAACUAUGGAGGUUCCUGGUUAUUCCACCAAGAACCAAGUUAAUGUCGUCAUUGGUUUCAUUGAUACAGGUAUUUGGCCGGAGUCCCCUAGUUUUAGUGAUGCAGGCAUGCCCCCUGUGCCGGCUGGAUGGAAGGGACGUUGCCAGCCAGGGGAAGAAUUCAACUCUUCCAUGUGCAACAGGAAAGUGAUUGGUGCAAGAUACUACCUGAAUGGCUAUCAAGCGGAAGAAGAGCAGGAGAAGAUAGUAUCAUACAGAUCUGCAAGGGACAGUGUUGGACACGGGAGUCAUACCUCGUCAAUUGCUGCAGGUCGAUUUGUUGAUAACAUGAACUACAGCGGGUUGGCAGCGGGUGGAGCCAGAGGGGGUGUUCCGAUGGCUAGGGUUGCUGUAUACAAGACCUGUUGGAGGUCUGCUUGCUAUGACGUUGACUUGUUGGCUGCAUUUGAUGAUGCCAUUAGGGACGGGGUGAAUAUCAUAUCCCUAUCUUUGGGCGGUGAUUCUCCACAGGGAGAUUAUUUCAGUGAUGCCAUUUCCAUCGGGGCCUUUCAUGCUGUCAGCCAUGGAGUGGUGGUGGUUGCUUCAGCCGGAAAUGAAGGGACUCCGGGGUCUGUAACGAAUCUUGCUCCUUGGAUUAUCACUGUGGGAGCUAGUUCCACAGACAGAGACUUCACAUCUGAUAUUGUUCUUGGAAAUGGAGCUCAUUUUUCGGGUGAGAGUCUAAGUAUUUCAAAGAUGCACACCUCAGCUAGUAUCAUAUCCGCUGCUGAAGCUUACGGAGGAUACUUCACUCCUUACCAAUCCAGUUACUGUUUGGAGAGUUCCUUGAAUAUCACGAAGGUGAAAGGUAAAGUUCUGGUUUGUCGUCAUGCUGGGAGCUCCACAGAGUCGAAGCUUGCAAAAGGCACUGUAGUGAAAGAUGCCGGUGGAGUUGGAAUGAUCCUCAUUGAUGAAGCUGAUAAAGAUGUCGCCAUUCCUUUUGCAAUCCCAGCAGCCAUUGUUGGAAAUAGAGUUGGAUAUAGGAUCUUAUCUUACAUAAAAAAAUCAAGGAAACCUACAUCAACAAUUAUGUCUGCCAAGACUAUUAUAGGAUCUCGAUCUGCACCUCAAGUUGCUCCAUUUUCUUCAAAGGGUCCGAACGCGUUGACUCCUGAAAUCCUUAAGCCCGAUGUUCUAGCUCCGGGACUCAAUAUCCUGGCUGCCUGGUCCCCAGCAACCGCAAAAAGGAACUUCAACAUACUCUCUGGAACUUCCAUGGCUUGCCCUCAUGUAACAGGAAUAGCAGCCUUGAUCAAGUCCGUGCACCCGUCUUGGUCCCCGUCUGCCAUCAAGUCUGCUAUUAUGACAACUGCUACGACAUGGAACAAGCACCGGAAACCCAUUAGGGCAGGCCCUGAUGGCCGGAAGGCGAAUCCAUUUGACCUGGGGUCAGGCUUUGUGAGGCCAAAACAAGUCCUCGAUCCUGGUCUGGUAUAUGAUGCAACACCCUCUGACUACAAAGCUUUCCUCUGCUCGAUUGGCUACAGCGACAGGAAACUGCAGCUGAUCACAAGAGACAACAGCACUUGCAGUAGUGAAGUAUCAACAUCGGCCCUCAACUAUCCUUCCAUCACGGUCCCGGAUUUGAAAAGCUCGUUUUCAGUGAUCCGGACAGUGACAAAUGUUGGGAGGCCGCGGAGUGUCUACAAAGCAGUGGUGUAUCCCCCAACCGGUGUCAAUGUUACUGUGGUGCCUAAGAGGCUGGUAUUUUACAGGUACGGCCAGAAGAUCAGCUUCACAGUUAAAUUCGAGGCGACUGCUCCAACCAGAGACUAUGUGUUCGGGUCGUUAUCAUGGAGGAGCAGGAGGUCGUGGGUGACCACGCCAUUGGUAGUCCGUGCCUUGAGUUCGAGGUCGGGUUUACAGAUGUAGGCUGCGCGCUCGGGUUGGAUAUGAAGGUGAAGAAGGUGUAGAGCCAAAUGGAGUUGAAGAUUAAAAUUUUGGUUUGCAACAUUUGAUUCGUGAAUAGGGUUGUUUAGAACUAGGAAAAGAGUAGGAUAUUCAUUGCACCCACUUCUUGUAUUACAAAUGUUGUUUGAAGUAUUUAUCUUAUUGUUAGUAGUGA